AGGCACCAUGACCAGAUACCGUGACCGGGUACCCUAACUCGGCACCCUCACCAGGUACCCCGCACCCUCAGCUGAGGCCGCACAUGCAGUCUCUCUUAAAGUAAAUCUAAAUCUAAAACUAAAUCUAUUUCUAUCACUUAUUUUCGAAUUGAUACUAUGUAGCUGAGUGUCCAUUUAUAUUCGAAUUCGAAUUAGGCAACUCAUGCGAAAAUUACUCAUUCUCAUAGCAACUGAUGGUAUACCAACAGACGAGAAAGAGCGUACAAUAUUCCCUAGACUAUAAGGAUAGGGUCUAGAAACGGGAAAUUCAUCUGACUGCAUGUAUCGUUUUUGUCUGUAACAUGGUACAAAUGACCAUUUUUUGGCACAAAUGACCAGGUAACUAAGGUAAAAAUGAACAUAUCGCUCUGGUACUGCUGAUUAUUUUGAUGCUGCGUAAAUAAAUACUUUAAAGAUGACACAUAGAUAAUAGUAUUUGAACUGGGCAAAAAGUAAAAUUUUUUAAGGUUUGAUAAGUAUUUUUAUGAAGAUAUUUAUUUUACAGCAGACCGAUUAGUUAUCUAUAUAUCAAAUUUGCUUUGUUAUCUUAUCAAUGGUUACAGAAUAUUUUCGAUAGUAUAAUUUUUAUUAGCUAAUAUCGUAUCAUUUAAAUAACAUAAUAUUAAUUUAUUUGUGUCAAAAAUAGCGCUAAGUUAAAUAUUUGAAAUAUUUCGUAAUAAUAUCUAUAUUGUUAUUUUAUUAAAUAAAUAUAAAUGAUAACGUAACGCCAAUUUUACUCUUGAUAUGGAGGAAGAUGAAAAUAAUAUUAACAACAAAAAAAUGGAAUGUUCGUAUACGCAGAAUCUUAUUAAGACUUCAAAGAUAAUGUUGAUCUAUUUUAUGUAGCAUGUCGUUCUUCAUCAUCAACAAAUAUUAUUAAUACACCUAUGAAAAGAACAAUGAUAUGCCCAAACGUCUUGUACAACAAUUCAGAAAAGCAAUGCCAAGGAUUAGAAGCUGCAAAAAGUAUGCAUUUGUAAUUUGAUAAUUUUAAAAUCUUAGGGGUUGUAUUAUUGUAAAAUAUUUUUUACUAAAUUUGUCGUUUUAAUUGUCUUGUAACUCCAUACAAAAAUCACUGUGAUAUGUUUUUUUAUCUAUAAGUAAUAUUGAUCAACUCUCAUUCAUAUGUAAAUACAGUCAUAUGUGCAUGUAGACUGCGACAGUCUAGGGCCAAGUGAAUCGAGUAUCGAUGAACGUUACUUGUUCAUACACUUGAACAUGUUCUCAAACAUGAACGAGUACCGACUAAUCAAAUUCCAGUUACAAUCACUGCGUGUACAGGUAAAAUGAAUGCAUUCAAGCAAAUAUUUUAUAAUUCUUUCUUUUAUACUGAAUUCUUUUAUUCGUUGAUCGAUAUGUUAUAUUAUUCGUUUUAGACGAUGAACAAUGUAUAGGAUAUUUAAACAGUUGGGAUAAAACGAUACCGAAUCCUGAUGUUGUUGAUGAUUAUCGAACUGAAAGAAAUGAAGUUCAAGCCUAUCGUGGAAAACAUGUACCAUUCAAUUUUGGUGAUAUAAAUCAUAUUGACUAUUAUUUUCUGUCCUUCUUUGUUUAUAGUACAUAG